AUGCCGACUACUUUGACGUACGUGCACACGCCGCAGAAGCUUUCUUACAGCCAGGCUUUGCGGGUGGAGCAGGAGGAGCCUACCCUUGUAACGCCACCGAAAGACCAGUGGCAACAUCGCCAGCGGCAGAUGCCCGCACAGGACGAGCAGAUGAGGCAUCACCCGAGAAGUUUGCUUCAGAUGCCUGGAGACGGAAAAGUUCCAACAGCAAGGCAGGCACACAAGUCAUUCACUCGCAACCAAGUUGAGGAGGCCCUUCGGGAUGUUCGCAUUCUCUCGCCUGGUGGUGAUGCCACGGCUUGGUCCUGGAAGGAGCUACCUGAGCAAGUGCGCAACGCCUUGCGUUUCUUGCGAGGGCUGUCAGCCCUCCCCCACAGUAUUGGGACCAGGCCGUUUCUGCCAGCCACUUGGCCAGAAGCCAAGCCUACAUUGGUUUUGGACUUGGACGAGACCCUGGUUCACUGUUGUCGUGGUUCUUCUCCUAUUGGCUUGACUAGAGCACCUGACCUGCUGGUGGAGUUCGACGAUGCUGCUGGUACUGGGCGUGUUUAUUUCCGACCUUUUGCGCAGAUCUUUCUCGAGGUGAUCUCGAGGUUCUUCGAGGUCGUGGUCUUCACGGCCUCCCAGCAAUCCUACGCAGACCAGGUCGUCGAUGCUCUGGACCCACGGCGUGUUUUCGUCUCGCAUCGGCUCUACCGGCAGCAUUGUACGGAGUUUCAUGGCGCCUUCUUUAAGGAGCUGGGCCUGCUUGGCAGAUCGCUGUCCAAGUGCGUGCUGAUCGACAACUCACCUGUGUCGGUUGUAUGCAACACCGAGAACAGCGUCUUGAUUCGCAGUUGGUACGGUGACAUGGCAGACCAGGAGCUCCUGGCCCUUCGAGAAGUGCUGGAGGACAUGCGACAUUCCUUAACUCGAGGCAUUGGCUUUGACAGGUAUUUAUCAAAGCCUCAAGCCCUCCACGACUUUCUGCAGGUGCCCUUGGCGGUGCCGCUGGAUUCCUUCGACUGGCAUGGCCAUUCGGGUCCAGGAGACUCCAUACCAGUGAAAGGCCGCUGUGAAGGAGUAGUAUCCUGA